AAAGAAAGCAAAAGAGAGAAAAAGCAAAGCUAGCAGAAAUAACCCCGUGGCCAAAACCAACAUCUAGAUAUUUGGUUUCCAGCGACAGGCAGGGCCUAAUUGUUCCUUUCUUCUUCUCUUCUUCUUUACCUUCUUAUAAUUAUUUGGUGUCUACCUUAGUAGCCAUAUCCGAAGAUGGGCAGGACAGGCACAAGGUUGCCAGGCUUCUGCCUAAACAGGAUUAGGCCUCAUGCAAGAGUCCGGUCCCCUCCAAUACAAGCCAAGCCUAAGGUGGAUUCUGCUACAGCCAAUCAAAAGGCUGAAAUUUGUGGCAAAGUUGGAGAAGAUAAAUCCAGCAAUGGAGAAAAACCAGGGUUGGUAAUUGGAAGGAAAAUCAUGAUUGUGGUUGAUUCCAGCAUUGAAGCCAAGGGAGCAAUACAAUGGGCACUCUCUCACACCGUCCAGUGUCAGGACACAAUUAUUCUUCUUUAUGUGACAAAGCCCUCAAAACAAGUUACGGUUAAUGAAUUCGACAAGAACAGAACUGCAAGGGCUUCUGAACCGGUUUGCUCCCUGAAAAACAUGUGCAAGCAGAAGAGACCUGAGGUGCAGGUUGAGGUAACAGUGGUGGAGGGAAAGGAGAAAGGUCCAACAAUAGUCGAAGAGGCCAAAAGACAAGGGGUGGCACUCCUGGUUUUGGGGCAGAAAAAAAAGUCCAUGACUUGGCGUCUCAUCAUGAUGUGGGCAGGGAACCGUGUAACUGGUGGAGUAGUCGAGUACUGUAUCCAGAAUGCGAGUUGCAUGGCAGUUGCAGUAAGAAGGAAAAGCAAAAAACUUGGAGGCUACUUGAUCACCACUAAGCGGCACAAGGAUUUCUGGCUCUUGGCGUAAAGUUAGGCAGUCAAUUGUUUUACUGGCCUCCAAAAACUCUUUUUCAACAAAAGGGAUUCUAAUCUUAACUCCAGAAUAUAUGUGAUUUUUCUAGUGUUUGUUUUUGUAAAUAAUACUAGUACUAAAGUAUAUUGAAGAAAAGGAAAAGGGGGUUUGGUGUGUGUAGGAAAAAGUUUGUGUUGUGUCGUUAUGUAUGGGCCUGGCGAUUAUGGCUCAAGGGGAAAGACGACUGGGGUCCCUUGACCGCUUUUGGGUCUCUCCUGGAUGCUACAGUGGAUGGAAGAAGCACAUGGUUCAACCACUUUUUGUUUUUGUAACUUGUACCAGAGGGAGGACACAGGGUGGGUACGUACACUUGGAUGAUCCUCCUUGAAUUCACCGACGUUUGUUGCAGCAGAGAUGCUGGGUGAUCAGCUUUGCUGAAGCUGCAAGACCACCAUAACUGUACCAUGCAUUGUUGUAAUAACAAUAAUUUGGCCUUUCUUUCA